AUGCGCAAAGCGUAUGAGGGAGAACCCACUUCACCACAACCUUCAGUUGACAGAUUAUCUGUAACUUUUGCCGAUGAUUCUCUUAAAAGUGACAGCUCAACAAAGAUCAAUUAUUUUAAUCCAGUGACUGUUAAAAUGGACGUUGUUAAUCCAACAAAUACAGAUGGAGACGACUCAGAUCAAGAAGACUAUUCGGCCAGUGCUAACGUUAUUAUACAAAGAAGGGCGUCUAUUCGAAAAUCUAAAAAAAGAAGUAGACGGGCAAGUUCACCAUUCAGUCCAGAUAUUUUACCGCCGGGUACAGAAAAUGGAAGAAGGUCCUCUGUAUUUACAACAUCUUCAGGAGAGUUAGUAUUUUGUAAUAAUUAUUAUUAUUAUUUUGUACUUUUUAUGAUUUUAUGCAGAUUAGUUCUGUUUAGGUUGCUUUUUGUACAGAGUAUCGAAAACUUACCAGUUUUGACUAAUCUUUAUAUGCAAUUUGAAAUCUUUAUUUUAAUGCAGAUAGGUCUUUCUAACUUUGAAUCAUAA